AUGAACUGGAGGUGUUGUGAACAUUUGAAGUGUGGUGAGAGGGACGGAUGGGAGGUCUGGAAUUAUUUGGUGAUAUGACGGGUGAAGGAAGUAUAAAAGGUCAGUUUGAGGGGGGAAGUCAGGUCAAGAAGAAUUUUGUAUAUCACACAGGACAUUUUACUACUCUGCAGAUAAUGGCUGACUUUGACAUGGUGCUGAAGUACUGGGGUCCAGUGGAGGCGGACUACGCAACCACCGGGGGUCUGGUGCUGAACCGUUUAUUCACAGAGCACCCAGAAACCCUGAAGUUAUUCCCCAAGUUUGCCGGCAUUGCCCAUGGGGACCUGGCCGGGGAUGCAAAUGUUUCUGCCCACGGUGCCACGGUGCUGAAGAAACUGGGCGAACUGCUGAAGGCCAGAGGCGCCCACACUGCCAUCCUCAAACCUCUGUCCAACAGCCACGCCAACAAGCACAAGAUCCCCAUUAAUAACUUCAAGCUGAUUUCAGAGAUCAUUGGUAAAGUCAUGGCGGAGAUGGCGGGACUGGAUGCAGCCGGGCAGAGUGCAUUGAGGAACGUAAUGGCUGUCAUCAUCGCUGACAUUGAGGCAGACUACAAAGAGCUGGGCUUCACUGAAUGAAGAUUAUACUCACAAAGUUUUGCCGUUGACGGUCAAGAAAAUGUACCACAUGCAAAAUAAAAAAUACUAAAAAUGGUUUGAUAUUCUGUAAGCCUAAUUAAAUAAUGUUUGCAAUUAAAUGAAAUCCAAUACA